CACUCAAUGAAGAAAGGCAACCACACUCUCAUCUUUGAAUUUCUAUUCCAAGGGUUUUCCAGCUUUCAUGAGCAGCACCUCACCCUCUUUGUGGUAUUUCUUGCACUGUACAUCUUAACCCUGGCAGGCAAUGUCAUCAUUGUGACCAUUAUUCGGAUUGAUCGCCAUCUUCACACACCCAUGUAUUUCUUCCUGUGCACACUAUCCACUUCGGAGACUGUAUACACACUCGUCAUUGUCCCAAGGAUGCUCUCCAGCCUUGUGGGUAUGAGCCAGCCUAUCUCAUUGGCAGGUUGUGCCACGCAGAUGUUCUUUUUUGUAACCUUUGGCAUCACUAACUGCUUCCUGCUGACAGCAAUGGGAUAUGAUCGCUAUGUAGCCAUCUGCAAUCCCCUGAGGUACACCAUUAUCAUGAAUAAGAAGGCGUGUGCCCAGUUGGUAUGGGGGGCAUGCAGCAUUGGCCUGGUUGUAGCAAUGACCCAGGUGACAUCUGUAUUCAGACUACCUUUCUGUGGUACGAAGGUGGCCCAUUUCUUCUGUGACAUCCGACCUGUGAUGAAGCUCUCCUGCAUCAACACAAACAUCAAUGAGAUUCUGACUGUGAUCAUCAGUGUUCUGGUGCUUGUUGCUCCCAUGGGUCUAGUGUUCAUCUCUUACGUGCUCAUUAUCUCUACAAUCCUCAAGAUUGCCUCUGCUGAGGGCCGGAAGAAAGCUUUUGCCACCUGUGCCUCCCACCUCACUGUGGUCAUUGUCCACUAUGGCUGUGCCUCCAUUGCCUACCUGAAGCCCAAGUCAGAGAACACCAGAGACCAGGAUCAGCUGAUCUCAGUGACCUACACUGUCAUAACCCCCCUACUGAACCCUGUAGUGUACACCCUGAGGAACAGGGAGGUCAAGGAUGCUCUGUACAGGGCUAUGGGAAGAAAACACUCCUGA